UCGUGGUGAACCAUGCUCGGACACCUAAAGGGACGGACGGAAGGAGCCAUGGCGGCGGGAAUAGCCGGCGCACGAAAAGCCCUCGCAAACCGAUCCAUUUCUUCUGCUCCGUUCUCCAUUGCCGCCACCUUGAGAGCUUCUCCUUCUUCUUCUUCUCCUUCAGUUCGGGCCUUUGCUCGACUCCCUCGCGGCCGGCUUCCCUUCGGGAUCUCAAGGUCCCCCGUUGAGUUGGGUUGUGCACAGUCUUUGAUGCCUUUUCACAGUGCUACUGCUACGGCAUUGCUCACUUCUAUGCUCUCCACAAGACCUGGAGGUUGGACUUGGCUUUCAGAAGGUUUUGCGACGCCUCUAUGACAUCAGAGAUAAACUCGAAACAAACACCCUGAUGAGGACCGACAGGGGGUAUUUUUUUUUACCUGGGACGAUGUACUUAAUUAGAAGGCACUACUGCUUCGGAUGCUGAUCUCGAGUCUAUCUUGUAAAAUGAAAUUAUGUUGGAUUUCAGUUUCACCAUUAAAGAAAUAUUUCAACAUGCA